AUGCAAGAAGACCUAUCUAUAAAUGAGUGGGAUAUUAUCAUAGUACAGGUUGAGAGCCUCUUUCAUGUUGAAUUCACAGCCCGUCCAUUUGUAGCUAUUCUUGAUGAAGCUAAUGCUAUUAUGUGCCAAAUGUCUAGCGGUACAAAUGCACAGGAAUCUGAAAAUGUAAUGCGUGAUAUCUUAAGAUCUGCAAGGCAUGUUUUAGCCAUGGAUGCCUUUGUGAAUAAAUCUACAUUAGCAUUCUUUAGGGCAUAUCAUGGUGAAGACAUUCAUAUAGUUGAUAAUGGAUACCAGCCUCGUAUAGGCGAGAAAGUUAAAUUUAUUUAUGAUCUGAAUAGCGGAGCUGAAGCUAUGCGAAUAGGAUAUGAUCUUUUGAGACAGGGCAAACAUCCUGAUAAUUCACCUGUUAGAUCUCGUGCAUAUUAUGGGGAUAUGGAUGGAAAGCAAAGACAAAUAGAUUUUUCUAAUAUUAAUGUCGCUUGGAGUAAGCUUGACUGUAUAGCUUAUACAAAUACAGUGGAGGCAGGAAUAUCAUUUGAGGUUACAGGUCACUUCGAUAUAGUUAUAGCUAUUACAAACAUCACCACUCCAGUUCAUGUUGAAGCUCUUGCACAAAUGCUUUACCGAAUUCGUGAUUGUUCUCGCCGUAUUGUUUCUAUAUUCUAUCAGAAAAAUUCUAAUGACCUUUUUCGCCCGUUAGGUCAUGAAAAUAUUCGAGCAGAACUAGCAAAUGCUCGGCCUAAUAAUUUACCUACAUCAAUAAAGGACCAUUGUGAAUGGAAUAGCAACACCGUUUCUUAUAAAAUUAACGAAUCUCCUGCUGUAAUAACAUUCAUUGAAGUUGAGCAUCAGAAACAUCUUUCUGCAAGAUAUUUUAUUGAGAAGCUUUGCAGUCUUGUAGCCAGUACUGGUGCUUCUCUCCAACUAAUAAAAAUGGAUGAGAGCCGAGGAGUUAUAGGGAAUUGUAAAAAAGUCUGCAAUGGGAUUAGGGUUGAAGCACUAGUUAUCAAGGAAACAGAUUUUAAUGCGGUUGCUACUUUCCGGAAUCUUGAUCCUGAAGAAGCUGAAAAUCUUAAGUUUGAUCAAGAGCGCUCUAUUCUAGAUACUAUAGCAUUUAAAUGUUUCUAUAUACAAAAUAUUUAUGCUAGAUAUAAUUCUGAGAAAUCAGUAGUGGAGGACUUGCAUAAAUCAUAUUCAUUUAAUCAUUGGAUGGUUAUAAGAGAGCUCUUUCAAAUACUAGGCUUUACUGGCAUCGAUGAUAAGCGUACUCUUUCUAGUGAUACUGCAUCAGAAUCAUUUAUGCG